ACCAGUGGCCACAAUGUACCCUAUGUCAUCAGACAUCAUUAACAACAACAACAACAACUAACUAAGCUGUUACUAUUUGUUCUUCUUCACACUCCAUUCACUCAAUGAUCACUACAUGCAGAGCUUCUUCUUAUUCUUAUUCUUAUUCAACCGCCAACCCACUUUCUUUCCGUUCUUCCCUACAUUCCAAACCACCAUUCCUCUCACUCAGCCUCCUCUUUUUCCCUCGAAUUUUUCACAAGGGAAUUGCUCUCUCCUCACCAACACAGUUCAAACCCCGAAGCCAUUUGGAUGGUAAAGAAGGAUAUUUCAAUAAUGGGCUAGAAGAAGAUGGUGACCGUGAAGUUCACUGUGAGCUUCAAGUGGUUUCUUGGAGGGAACGGAGAGUUAAGGCUGAGAUUUCUAUCAAUGCUGAUAUUGAUUCUGUUUGGAAUGCUCUCACUGAUUAUGAACACCUCGCUGAUUUCAUACCAAAUCUUGUUUGGAGCGGGCGUAUUCCUUGCCCAUUUCCUGGAAGGAUAUGGUUAGAGCAAAGAGGAUUUCAAAGGGCAAUGUAUUGGCACAUUGAAGCUCGUGUUGUUUUGGAUCUUCAAGAAAUUCUUAAUUCUGAAUGGGAUCGAGAACUUCACUUUUCCAUGGUUGAUGGAGAUUUUAAGAAGUUUGAGGGAAAAUGGUCUGUAAAAUCAGGAACAAGAUCAUCAUCAACUAUUUUAUCUUAUGAGGUUAAUGUGAUACCAAGAUUCAACUUCCCAGCUAUUUUCUUAGAAAGGAUUAUCAGAUCAGAUCUUCCUGUGAAUCUCCGAGCCUUAGCCUAUAGAGUUGAAAGGACUCUUUUGGGAAACCAGAAAAUUCCUCUACCAGAAGAUGGCUUGCACAAAACUUUGGCUGUUAAUGGAUCUUAUGUCAAAAAGAUAAAUGGUUCUUUGUGUGAAAGCGACAAAUUGACUGCUGGAGAAGAUAAAGGUUUGGACACUUCAAUUUCCAGUUCAUUGCCUACAUCUCCGAGUGAGUUAAACAGCAAUUGGGGUAUUUUUGGAAAAGUUUGUAGCCUUGACAAGCCUUGUGUAGUGGACGAAGUUCAUCUCCGCAGAUUCGAUGGACUUUUGGAAAAUGGAGGUGUUCAUCGGUGUGUUUUUGCAAGUAUAACAGUUAAAGCUCCUGUUUGUGAUGUAUGGAAUGUUAUGUCUUCCUAUGAGACGCUUCCUGAGGUAGUUCCAAAUUUAGCAAUCAGUAAGAUUUUAUCACGAGAUAACAAUAAAGUCCGCAUUCUUCAGGAAGGGUGCAAGGGUCUGCUUUAUAUGGUGCUUCACGCCCGCGUUGUGUUAGAUUUGUGUGAACAGCUAGAACAAGAGAUUAGUUUUGAACAGGUUGAAGGUGACUUUGACUCCUUCCAAGGAAAAUGGACUUUUGAGCAACUAGGAAAUCAUCACACACUUCUAAAGUACUCUGUGGAGUCAAAAAUGCGCAAAGAUACUUUCCUUUCUGAAGCUAUCAUGGAAGAGGUCAUUUAUGAAGAUCUGCCAUCAAACUUGUGUGCAAUAAGAGACUACGUUGAGAACCAGAAAGCAUCUCAAUCAUCGGAAGUUUGUGAGCAGCAUGCAAAUUCCGGACAACAAAAUAUUGCAUCUGCCUCUGAAGAUGAUAACAGCUCUAGUUCAGCUGAUGAUUUUUCUGAUUGUAAUGUUCAAUGCUCGUCUAAUCAAAGGUCAAGAGUUCCAGGGUUACAGAGGGAUAUUGAAAUCCUAAAAUCUGAACUACUGAAAUUCGUAGCUGAACAUGGACAGGAAGGGUUUAUGCCAAUGCGAAAGCAGCUUCGGUUGCACGGAAGAGUGGAUAUUGAGAAGGCUAUAACUCGCAUGGGUGGAUUCAGAAAGAUUGCAACCAUGAUGAACCUCGCUCUAGCUUACAAAAACCGCAAACCAAAGGGUUAUUGGGAUAAUCUUGAAAAUUUGCAGGAAGAGAUAAGUAAAUUUCAAAGAAGCUGGGGAAUGGACCCGUCAUUUAUGCCUAGUAGAAAGUCGUUUGAACGCGUAGGCCGAUUUGAUAUUGCACGAGCGCUAGAAAAGUGGGGUGGACUUCAUGAGGUAUCGCGCCUUUUGUCCCUUAAGGCGAGGAGGAAAAGAAGCAGUCAGGACAACCUUGCCAGGGAUAAGGAAAAUGAGCAAACGGAAUCACCUGAUGUAGAUAGCGAGAUCAACACAGCAUCUAGACCGUAUAUUUCUCAAGACACACACAAGUGGCAUACAGAACUUAAACAGUUGGACAUAAAUUGGGUUGAGUAAAGAGAGAGUAUUGAUAUUCUGCAUAUAUAUUGGCUUAGAUCCAGAUGAUGUCGAAAAUUGUAAGAGUCUGUCUCUAAAUGUAAAUUUGCAUAUCGAACAAAAACAAGAGAGAAAGCUGAAAAGCUUGAAUGAAAGGGAAUCAGAUAUGGUAAUUUCAUAUUGAACAA